GAACCUGCUGGGCCUGCCAGCAUGGCUAGGAUCGGCACCCCUUCCACGGCCUGCUGGGUGGUGCUGGGCCUGUUCAUGACUUCACGGACUGAGUCUUCCAUACCGAGUAGUGAGUGUCCCCAGCUGUGCGUCUGUGAGAUUCGGCCCUGGUUCACCCCCCAGUCCACCUACAGGGAGGCCACCACGGUUGACUGCAAUGACCUGCGGUUAACUCGCAUCCCCAGCAACCUGUCCAGCGACACCCAGGUGCUGCUUCUGCAGAGCAAUAACAUCGCAAGGACCGUGGGAGAGCUCCAGCAGCUUUUCAACCUGACCGAGCUCGAUUUCUCCCAGAACAACUUCACCAACAUCAAGGACGUGGGGCUGGCCAACCUGAGCCAGCUCACCACUCUCCACCUGGAGGAGAACCAGAUUACAGAGAUGGGCGACUACUGCCUGCAGGACCUCAGCAACCUGCAGGAGCUCUACAUCAACCAUAACCAGAUCAGCACCAUCUCUGCCAACGCCUUUGCCGGCCUGAAAAACCUUCUGCGGCUCCAUCUCAACUCCAACAAGCUGAAAAUCAUCGACAGCCGCUGGUUUGACUCGACGCCCAACUUGGAGAUCCUCAUGAUUGGGGAGAACCCUGUGAUCGGAAUUCUCGAUAUGAACUUCAAGCCACUCUCCAACCUGAGAAGCCUGGUCUUGGCGGGCAUGUACCUCACCGAUGUCCCAGGCAACGCCCUGGUGGGGCUGGACAGCUUGGAAAGCUUGUCCUUCUAUGAUAACAAGCUGGUCAAAGUCCCUCAGCUUGCCCUGCAGAAAGUCCCAAACUUGAAAUUCUUGGACCUCAACAAAAACCCUAUCCACAAGAUUCAGGAAGGGGACUUCAGGAACAUGCUUCGGCUGAAGGAGCUGGGCAUCAACAACAUGGGCGAGCUGGUCUCUGUGGACCGCUUCGCCCUGGACAAUCUCCCCGAGCUCACCAAGCUGGAGGCCACCAACAACCCCAAGCUCUCCUACAUCCACCGCCUGGCCUUCCGCAGCGUGCCGGCCCUGGAGAGCCUGAUGCUCAACAACAACGCCCUGAACGCCGUCUACCAGAAGACGGUGGAGUCCCUUCCUAACCUGCGUGAGAUCAGCAUCCACAGCAACCCGCUGAGGUGCGACUGCGUCAUCCACUGGGUCAACUCCAACAAGACCAACAUCCGCUUCAUGGAGCCCCUGUCCAUGUUCUGUGCCAUGCCGCCCGAGUACCGGGGGCAGCAAGUGAAGGAGGUCCUGGUCCAGGGCGCCAGCGAGCAGUGCCUUCCCAUGAUCGCCCACGACAUCUUCCCCAACCACCUGAACAUGGACGUGGGCACCACCGUGUUCCUCGACUGCCGCGCCAUGGCUGAGCCUGAGCCCGAGAUCUACUGGGUCACGCCCCUCGGGAACAAGGUGACGGUGGAGACCCUCUCAGACAAGUUCAAGCUCAGCAGUGAAGGCACCUUGCAGAUAUGUGACAUCCAGGUCGAAGACUCAGGAAGAUACACGUGCGUGGCCCAGAAUGUGGAGGGAGCGGACACCCGGGUGGCCACCAUCAAAGUCAACGGGACCCUUCUGGACGGCGUCCAGGUCCUGAAAAUCUACGUCAAGCAGACGGAAUCUCACUCCAUUCUGGUGUCCUGGAAGGUCAAUUCGAAUGUCAUGACCUCAAACCUGAAAUGGUCUUCGGCCACCAUGAAGAUUGACAACCCUCACAUAACCUACACCGCCAGGGUCCCUGUGGACGUCCACGAGUACAACCUCACCCACCUGCAGCCGGCCACGGAUUACGAGGUGUGUCUCACCGUGUCCAACGUUCACCAGCAGAUGCAGAAGUCGUGUGUGAACGUCACCACCAAAACCGCCGCCUUCGCUCUGGACAUCUCGGACCAGGAGACCAGCACAGCCCUGGCCGCGGUGAUGGGAUCCAUGUUUGCGGUCAUCAGCCUGGCGUCCAUUGCCAUGUACAUUGCCAAAAGGUUUAAGAGGAAAAACUACCACCACUCCUUAAAAAAGUAUAUGCAAAGAACCUCCUCGAUCCCACUCAACGAGCUGUACCCACCUCUCAUCAACCUGUGGGAGGCAGACAGCGAGAAGGACAGAGACGGGGCUGCGGACGCCAAGCCCACGCAGGUGGACACGUCCCGGAGCUACUACAUGUGGUGA